GACGCAUCCUGCCCAUCUUAACCAUUAUGUACCUUUGUUCUUUUCUGGAUAGAGGAAAUAUUGGGAAUGCGAAGCUCCAAGGCCUUGUCACGCAAUUAGAUUUGACAGGGAAUAAGUAUAACAUUGCUCUGACAAUGUACUUCAUCCCGUAUUGCCUUUGCGAAUGCCCGGCAAACAUGGUGUUGAAGAAGUUCAAACCUUCUAGAUGGCUGCCAGGAAUUACACUUCUAUGGGGCAUAAUCAUGACGCUCAUGGGGCUUGUGAAAACCUAUCCACAGCUUGUCGGAACGCGCAUAUGCCUAGGUGUCGCGGAGGCAGGCUUAUUCCCAGGCGUGGUGUACUACCUCACCCUUUGGUAUCCUCGCCACAUGCUCCAGCUCCGCGUCGGCCUCUUCUACGGUGGUGCGACGAUAGCAGGUGCUUUCUCUGGUCUGCUGGCCUUCGGGAUCUCCUACAUGUCGGGCAGUGCCGGCUUACUUGGGUGGUCAUGGAUAUUCAUUAUUGAGGGAUUAACAACGGUGGUAGUCGGCUGCGUAGCGUUCUUUAUGUUGGUGGACUUCCCGAGCACCGCCAAUUUCCUGACGCCAGAAGAGCGCACAUAUAUUGUCUGGAAGAAGAAGUACGACAAUUCCUCUGUAGGAGAAGAAGAACACUUCGAAAUGCGGCACCUCGUAGCAGCAUUAACCGAUUGGCAGAUCUGGGUGUUGAUACUAGUUUACAUGUCGAAUAGUGCCCCUUUGUACGGAAUCUCUCUUUUCCUACCAUCCCUUAUCAAUGGCUUCGGAUAUGGUACUGCCAUCAGCCAGCUCCUCACGGUGCCGCCGUAUAUAUGUGCUGCUAUCGUCUUGGUCAUAUUCGCUGUAUGGUCCGACCGUAUCAAGAAACGAUCUCCAUUCAUUCUCUCUGGCCUUAUAAUGUGCACCAUCGGUUUCGCCAUCAACAUCUCUAAUGCGCGCAACGGGGUGAAGUACUUCGGGACGUUCUUCGUCGUGGCAGGGUCCUACGGGGCAUUUCCAGGAGUGGUUGCAUGGCUUGGCAACAAUCUGGCUGGCCAAUACAAGCGAGCAGUUGGGAUGGCGCUGCAGAUUGGCAUCGGCAACUUUGGUGGAGCCAUCGCAUGUAACAUCUACCUCUCAAAGGACGAGCCGCGGUAUAUCAUGGGCCACGCGCUCGAGUUGAUGUUCGUAGGCAUCGGCUACACCUUCUUGCCGAUCGCCGUUCUAGCAUACAGGCACAUCAACAGCAAGAGAGAUGCAAUUCAACGAGAGAUGAUGAAGAAAGGUGUUGUAUACUCCGAUGAGGAUAUGAGGAGGAUGGGGGACCGUGCUCCCGACUUCCGUUAUACGCUGUAAUACCAACACGUAGAUCAACGGCUCACUCAGAUCCUACCAGUCCAUCGCUUGUACACUCUCACACGCGUCGGAUGGUCGGCUGGAUUGUGCAAGGCACAGUUAUCGAA